AUGGAGCGUGUUUCCCAACUCUCGCUCUCUUCUGCACCCCGCCUCGUAUGGCACUCGUACCUCGACCUCCUCUGGGCGUACCACCCUGACUCUGGGGUAGCCAGACUCGCAUACUCUUUCCGCAUCCUCGCCGUCCUCCUCGUCCUCCCCGUCAUCGUCCUCACCUUAUUGGUAUGUUUCACUCUUUAUCUUCUAUCCUUUCUCUCUUUCAAAUCUCCCUUACCAAGCCCCCCUUCUCAUUCCCCGUAUCCCCGCAUGUCCAUCUAUAACACCCCCUGUCAUCGCAUUCACUCUAUACACCCACACACCCCGCUAAUUCAUUUCUUCCGGCCGUCAACGACGCUACAGGACAUCACCUCCUACGUCAUCGCGCGCACCCUCGGCGUCGUCGACGUCGUCAAAGUAUCCACCACCGCCCAACUGCCCCAUCCCCACCUCUACCUCCACCACCCCCCCAGCUCAGCGUCCUUAUCAGCCUCGACGUCCGCGUCCAUGUCCGCCUCCGCGCCCUCCACGCCUAUCGUCCUCGUCGAAGACGUCUCGCUGUCCCCCUCCUUCUCGGAGGACGUGCCCUCCGCGGACGAGCAGGGCGUGCUGGGGCGGCUGUCGCCAAGGAGGGGCGUGAGGGACGAUGGGGGUGCAGAGGAGGAGGCGAGGCCGGAGACGUUCUUUGCGAGCGAGGAUGGGUCGCAGCUCUCGGGCGUCGGCGUCUUCUCCCCCGCUGCAUCACAACCCCCAUCGCCCGUGCAGAGCCGCGCAAAGCUGCAUCACCAAGAUCCGACCGUGGAGAGCGUGCGCGAGGAGGGGGACGAACGGGUGGACCGGGGGAUUACACUCCGGAGGAGAGCAGGGCGGCAACAACAGGGUGCGAAUGACGACGACGAGAAAGACGAGAGCUAA